GGAUUUGUUCGUCACUCGACGACCGACCGCCGACCGGAGGUGUCGCAGUGAGUCGUUCUCGAGCAGCAGGGUGGUUCGACAGUAAAGUGAGUGUAUGUGUGUAUGGGUGCGCGCGCGUUCAUGCUCAGCCGUGAGCAAUACAACCGUGUGGAUGAAUGCAUUAUAAUGUCCGCGUACAUAUCCAUUAAAAAUUUCGAGGAUCAUCAAAAUAUAUUUAAUUCAUUAACCAUUGAAAUAGUGACCGUCGAUUCGUGAGACUCGUGAGUGUCUUGAUCUUUUCCAUUGAUUCGAAGUUUCAUAUUAAAUAUCGCGUCUGCUAUUGCGAUUGUCAUCGUUUUGCCAAUUAUUUGAAUCAACAGUGAACAUUCGAAGAUUUAAAAAAAAAUCAACAGUUUACGGUUAUUUCUAACAGAAAACUACAGAGAGAAACGAGGAAAAAGUCAAUCGCCAGCACCGCCGCCGUCGUAACCCGACGUUGAAUUAAAAACAUAAGGAAAAUGUCGUCGGUAAAGGUGGCGGUGAGGGUACGACCCUUCAAUAAUCGAGAAAUCUCGCGCGAGGCACAAUGCAUCAUCGAAAUGUCCGGCAGCACUACUUCGAUAUUAAAUCCCAAAGCACCACCGGGCAGCAAAGAUUCGGUCAAGAGCUUCAAUUACGAUUAUUCCUAUUUUUCCAUGGAUCCAAAUGACGCAAAUUAUUCUUCACAACUUAUGGUCUAUAAGGAUAUCGGUGAAGAGAUGUUGGAACAUGCCUUCGAAGGUUAUAAUGUCUGUAUAUUCGCAUAUGGACAAACUGGCGCAGGUAAAUCGUAUACUAUGAUGGGCAAACAAGAAGAGGGUCAAGAGGGAAUAAUACCUCAAAUUUGCAAGGAUCUUUUUAGAAAAAUCAGUCGUAAUUCAAACGAGUGCCUGAAAUAUUCUGUAGAAGUCAGUUACAUGGAAAUAUACUGCGAAAGAGUACGGGAUCUCUUGAAUCCUAAGAACAAGGGAAAUCUUCGGGUAAGAGAACACCCUCUACUUGGACCGUAUGUUGAGGAUUUAUCGAAAUUGGCGGUGAUGUCCUAUCAAGAUAUUCAUGAUCUUAUCGAUGAAGGCAAUAAAGCAAGAACGGUAGCAGCUACAAAUAUGAAUGAAACAUCUAGCAGAUCUCACGCUGUAUUUACGAUAUUCUUUACACAACAAAAACAAGAUUCUGCGACUGGAUUAGUGACAGAAAAAGUUAGCAAAAUUUCACUCGUCGAUUUAGCAGGUUCUGAAAGGGCUGAUUCUACUGGUGCAAAAGGUACAAGAUUAAAAGAAGGUGCUAAUAUUAAUAAAAGCUUAACAACCCUUGGAAAAGUCAUCAGUGCUCUAGCUGAAAUUGCGACUAAAAAGAAAAAGAAGGCUGAUUUUAUCCCUUAUAGAGAUUCUGUUCUAACAUGGCUAUUGAGAGAAAAUCUAGGAGGUAAUUCUAAAACAGCGAUGAUUGCGGCAGUGAGUCCAGCAGAUAUCAAUUACGAUGAAACUCUUUCUACUUUACGAUACGCAGACAGAGCGAAACAAAUAGUUUGCAAGGCUGUCGUUAAUGAAGAUGCAAACGCGAAACUUAUCAGGGAACUUAAAGAAGAGAUUCAGAAGCUACGAGAAUUGCUGAAACAAGAGGGUAUUGAUGUACAAGAAGGAGACGAAAUUGUCCGAGUAGUCAAACGUGAGGACGAUGUGAAGGAAACUCGACCUAGAAUCCCGUCACACACUACAUCGACUAUCGCUGAAGAAGCAGUAGAUCAAUUGCAAGCUUCGGAAAAACUUAUAGCUGAAUUGAAUGAAACAUGGGAAGAGAAAUUGAAACGAACCGAGCUAAUUCGUUUGCAACGUGAGGCAGUGUUCGCUGAAAUGGGAGUUGCUGUGAAAGAGGACGGUGUUACUGUUGGUGUGUUCUCUCCAAAAAAGACUCCUCACUUGGUGAAUCUGAACGAGGAUCCUAUGAUGUCUGAAUGUUUAAUUUAUUACAUCAAGGAUGGCUUCACGCGUAUCGGUAGUGCCGAAGCUAACAUACCACAAGAUAUUCAGCUAUGUGGACCUCAUAUAUUAAGUGAACACUGUGUUUUUGAGAAUCACGAGGGUAUUAUUACUCUAAUGCCCAAAAAAGGAGCUUUAAUUUAUGUAAAUGGACGCGAAGUCACUGAGCCAGUUAUUUUGAAAACCGGAUCUCGUGUCAUUUUAGGAAAGAAUCAUGUAUUCAGAUUCAAUCAUCCUGAUCAAGUUCGCGAACGAAGAGAAAAAGGAUCUCCCGUUGAAACUCCUGGAAAUGGAGAGACAGUUGACUGGAACUUUGCACAGAUCGAAUUGUUAGAAAAGCAAGGAAUCGAUUUAAAGGCUGAAAUGGAGAAAAGACUAUUAGUUCUGGAAGAACAAUUCCGUAAAGAGAAGGAAGAAGCAGAUCAAUUGUUCGAAGAACAAAGAAAAAGUUAUGAAGCUCGAAUAGAUGCACUACAAAGACAAGUGGAGGAACAAAGCAUGACAAUGUCCAUGUACAGCAGUUAUACACCUGAAGAUUUCAAUAACAUUGAAGAAGAUAUUUUCGAGAGCAACUGGACCGAGAGAGAAUUCCAGCUGGCCGCUUGGGCCUUUCGCAAAUGGAAAUAUCAUCAAUUCACAAGUCUUCGAGACGAUCUCUGGGGCAACGCUAUAUUCCUCAAAGAAGCUAACGCUAUUUCUGUCGAACUCAAAAAGAAGGUACAAUUCCAGUUUACUUUACUCACGGAUACGCUUUAUUCACCACUUCCACCGGAUCUUUUGCCCGUUGUGGAUGAUGUUUUGGAAGAAGAGGAAAGACCGUUCCCACGUACUAUAGUCGCUGUAGAGGUUCAAGAUACAAAGAAUGGCGCAACACAUUAUUGGACACUCGAUAAACUUAGACAAAAACUGGAAUUGAUGCGUGAAAUGUACCACAAUGAAGCAGAAUUAUCUCCAACAUCUCCAGAUUUCAAUAUUGAAUCCAUAACCGGAGGUGAUCCAUUCUACGAUCGUUUUCCUUGGUUCCGAAUGGUUGGCAGGUCCUUUAUAUAUCUAAGCAAUCUUAUGUAUCCUGUACCACUAAUUCACAAAGUUGCAAUAGUAAACGAAAAAGGAGAUGUAAAAGGCUACUUGCGUGUGACUGUGCAAGCUGUCGUUGAGGAAAACAAUGAAUAUUCAAGUGGCGUCAGACAAUCAGCUAGAAUUUCCUUCGAAGAUGAUCUAUUUGGCAAUAAUCAAAAGCAGAAUAAACGCAACAUUCUAUUGACUCAGACUCUUGAGAAGAAUCGACAGAUCUUGUUGCAUGAAGAACGUGUUGUAGAAGGUCAUAACGAGCAAAAGGAAAUUAAAGAUGAGGAUGAUAUUGGUGAUGCAGACAGCGGUAGAGGCGACAGUUCAGUUUCUAGUGAUAUGAAGGAAGAAGAUUUGCCAGACCACUUACAACUCGGUUCCGAAUUCACAUUCAGAGUUACUGUGUUGCAAGCAAUGGGUAUUUCUACCGAAUAUGCUGAUAUUUUUUGCCAAUUUAAUUUCUUGCAUCGACAUGAUGAAGCAUUUUCAACGGAACCGGUUAAAAAUACAGGAAAGGGUAAUUCUCCUGGAUUUUAUCAUGUACAAAAUAUUACGGUAACAGUAACAAAGUCAUUUUUGGAAUAUCUAAAAACUCAGCCGAUUGUCUUCGAAGUUUUUGGACAUUAUCAACAACAUCCUUUGCAUAAAGAUGCCAAACUUGAAUAUGUGAGACAACCACCAAAGAGAAUGCUUCCACCAUCCAUACCAAUCAGUCAACCUGUACGUUCACCGAAAUUUGGUAGCGUUUUACCAUCUCCCAGUACAUCACACGUACAUGCAAAAUACGAUGUAUUAGUUUGGUUCGAAAUUUGUGAAUUAGCGCCAAAUGGUGAAUAUGUACCCUCCGUGGUCGAUCAUAGUGAUGAUCUACCAUGCCGUGGAUUAUUUUUGCUGCAUCAGGGAAUUCAACGUCGUAUUCGAAUUACUAUUGUUCACGAACCAGCAUCUGAAUUGCGAUGGAAAGAUGUUAGAGAAUUGGUUGUAGGUCGUAUUAGAAACACUCCAGAACCAGAAGAAGAAGACAAUGAUUCAUCCGUGCUCUCAUUAGGUCUAUUUCCUGGUGAAUAUUUAGAAGUACCCGGUGAUGAUAGAUGCAUGUUCAGAUUUGAAGCAGCAUGGGAUAGUUCUCUUCAUAAUUCAGCUUUGCUGAAUAGAGUCACAGCAUAUGGAGAACAAAUCUUUAUGACCAUUUCUGCAUAUCUCGAAUUGGAAAAUUGUGGAAGGCCGGCGAUCAUCACAAAAGACUUAAGCAUGAUUAUUUAUGGCAGAGACGCUAGAGUAGGACCACGUUCUCUGAAGCAUCUGUUCAGCGGAAGUUAUCGCAAUCAGGAAGCGAAUAGGCUCAGUGGUGUUUACGAGUUGGUCCUACGUCGUUCUUCGGAAGCAGGUAGCCCAGGUGUUCAGAGGCGACAACGUCGUGUAUUAGACACCAGUUCUACAUAUGUUAGAGGAGAAGAAAAUCUUCAUGGAUGGAGACCUCGAGGAGAUAGUUUAAUAUUCGAUCAUCAAUGGGAAUUAGAAAAAUUGACGAGAUUAGAAGAAGUGGGGAAAGUAAGACACACAUUACUAUUACGAGAAAAACUUGGUAUUGAUAAAGUAUCAUUCUGCAAUAAAAUAUCACAUGAUUUCACCAAAAGUGAAAAGGACGUUUGUAACAUGAUGGCGAAGGCAACAAACGAAACGCAUGCUAGUCCGGUAAAAUUGAAGCGUUCAACAAGUAAAGACAUUUAUGAACCUUGGGAAAUGUCCGAGAGAGAAAAAGAAUUAGCUUUGAAAUGUAUCAAACUUAUUCAAGGUCGAAUUCCAAACAAAGAACCUAUUUUAUUGUCAGAUGUUUCACCUGGAGAAGAUAUGGCUGAUAUGUCGACAUCUAUGAUGUCUUCGGUGAUAUCAUCUUCGUCUCAAGAGUUAAGUUCACCAGAAAGAGCUAGACUGCAGGAAUUGCAGGAAAGUAUAUUAGCCAGUGAAUCUGCUAGCCAAUCAUGUACUAUUGCGCCGGCUCCGUUGGGUUCAUCUUCUCCAUCAAAGGAGAAUUUAGUUCUCUACGUUCCAGAAGUCGAAGAAAUACGUAUCAGUCCAGUUAUUGCUAGGAAAGGAUAUUUGAAUGUUCUCGAACACAAGACUAAUGGUUGGAAGAAACGCUGGGUGGCUGUGCGACGACCAUAUGUUUUAAUCUUUCGAGAAGAAAAGGAUCCAGUGGAGAGAGCUCUUAUUAAUUUAGCUACUGCUCAAGUUGAAUAUUCUGAAGAUCAAUUAGCUAUGGUAAAAGUACCAAAUACUUUCAGUGUAGUCACAAAACAUCGAGGAUAUUUAUUACAAACAUUAGGAGACAAAGAGGUUUAUGACUGGCUAUAUGCUAUUAAUCCUCUUCUUGCUGGUCAAAUCAGGUCAAAACUAGCGCGCAAAGGUCCGGCAGCUACAAAUUUGAAUAAUGCUUCACCUGUUGGUCUAAUUCCGCCAAUAGAUCAACAAUCGAACCAAAAUAAGUGAGUGGGCGACACGUUGGCCGAGGUAACGAGCGUCAUUGCGAAAGCUUCUGAAAAGAUGCUCUGCUGGUCACACUCGGCCUUCGAGUCCCAUGAUCUCUGUAGCUUUCGAUUUUCGGUAGUCUUCGAUUAUUAAAUCGUUUCGAAAAUGCGUACUAACGAUUGACUACCAGCUUCGAUAGCGCCGAUUAAUAUCUCAUGACAUCUAAUUUAACUUUACUCGUCAGUCCUUUUACUCCUGACGAUCGAAUAGAAAAAUGAAAAUAAAAAAGAUCCUCGAACAUAUAAAGGCAUGUUUGUCUUUCGAUAAAAAAAAAAACAAAGAAAAAAAAAACGAUUAUACGUGUUCGAAUUAUAUUGAAAUUAUUACUUUCGGAAUCGCAAACUCUUUUUCCAUAGUCUCUCCGUUCAUUUUGAAUUACUUAGAAAUGUAUAUAACGUUGAUGAGACUGUACGAGCUUGCGAUAUUUAUCUUACAAUAUAUUCGAAUUUUUCGAUAUUAGUCGGUCAUACGAAGCGAUUCUCUUUUAAGUGUGGAACGCAUACAAUGAAGAGUAACAUAUUUAUGCCUAAAUAAAAAAUUCCUAAGACGAUCAUAGAAAAUGAGGCAACAGAUACACAUUGUAGGUAUAUUCAUUAAAGAGAAGAUGUGGCGCGAGAGGAAGCAAGAAAGAGAGGGAGAGAACGAGAAGAAAAAGAAGAGCGAUAUAACAAGAAUUUCUGCGUGUUCAUGACUGAAAAAAAGAAAUGAAGAAAGAAAAAGAAGGAAAAGAAAGAAAAAGAGAUGAGGAAGGGUGUGGAUUAUUUCGAACGAAUUCUAAACAGUAAUCGUUGAAUAAUAAAUUGUUAGUAAUUCGUUUAUGUAAUUAUGUUUGUCUAUUACGAUCGUUAUCGAAAUAAUCCUUUUUCCUCUUGUUUCGUGUUGUCAAUAUUUACAUUUUACGCCUCGAUUAAUAAAUAUUUAACUUAAAAUAAGAUACUGAAACCGAAACGAGUUUUGCAAAUUCAAAUUUUUAUUCUUAUUAUAUAUAGACUAGUAUUCGAGCAUAGGAAUCGAAGAAAACUUUUUUCUGUUUCAACAGAGAAAGUUCUUAAGUAACAAUAAUACGAAUGAUUUGCAGUAUUAUUUAGACAAAAUGAUAAGUCAAAUAUACUUUUAAUUCAGUACAAAUAUCUAUUAAAAAUUUUUAUGUCAGUAUUAAUUGCCGACAUAAUCCCCAUUAUCGUUCAAGAAAAAUUUCUUAAACGAUUUCAACUGCAUUCCAAUUUUUCUACUAUUCAAGCGAGAUCUCAAAAACGAUUAUUAGCAUAUUCUGUUAAAUAAAGUGAAAAGUUUGUAAAUCUCGAAGCGGAUUAUUUUCUCGAUCGUUUGUAUGCAGUGGCUUACAAAAAAGUGAGCUCUGCUUCUGUUACCGUUUUUGAUUACUAACUGUUGUAAAAUCAUAGUUUUAUUUUGUUAAUCACGUCAUUUAUAAUUAUCUAUUGAUAAAGAAAAAAAGCCAUACUUUAAUAUAUCAUAUGCAUUCGGCGCUUUUAACCCUUUGAAGCAAAAAUUUAGAUAAAUGAAUUAAUAAUGAAUAUCAUUAAUUAUUAUUUUUUUUUGAAUAUAUGAAUUUUAUUGCUUAUUUAUAUUUAUAAAUAUAAUUUAUUCAUUUUAAUUUAUAUUAUUAAUAAUAAUAAUUAAUCAUUAAAUUAUAAUUCAAGAGACAGGCUGAUUACUUAUAAUUUUUAAUAUGAAAGUGCAUUUAAUUAACAUUGCCAAAUAUACAUGUAUAUUUCACAAUCGAAAAUUUUUUCAUACAUAGUUACAAAAUAACUCACAAUAUAAUAAUUAUUUAGCACUGUAUUAUUAGGGGUGGUAAUUAUUCAUUGACUGUAAUUAUUUAUUUAUUAGAAAAAAAUGUUAAUUUAAUUAAAUUAUAUAACUAUUACUAAAAUAAACAGGUUAAUAUAUGAUACUAUUGUUUGUUUGUAUGUUUUUUCGUUUCAGAACACCCCUAAAAUUAAAUUUAAUAUAUAUUUAUUUCAUUAAAAAAAAUUUCAAUUCGAUAAUUUUAAAUAUUAAAAUGACUUUAUUAAGUGAAUAUAUUUUAUUAUUUCUAGAAGUGCAAUGUUGAUUAAUUUUUAAAAUUAUUUUUCAUUUUUUAAAUUAUGAAAAACAAUGUGCAAUAUUUAAAUUUUUUAAUUAAAUUCUUCUUUUGUCAAAUCAAAAAAUAACAUUUAGUAUUAUUAAAUUGUUAUUUAUGUCUGAUAAUACAUCAAAGAGAUACCAAAUUCUGUUUAAAAUAGGAAUAAUAAAAGGUAUCUAUGUAUCAUAAAUGUAAAAGAUAAAUACAAAAGAUGUAAUAUUCGUAAUAUAACUCUCUUGGCAAAGUAAGCAUAUUAAAAAUCUAAAUUGAAGGUGAACUAUGUAUUACUAUUUUCUAAGAUAUCCAUUAUAUAUUUAAAGAAUAACUGUACUUUAACACAGAUUUAGGAUUAAAAUAAAAGAUUUACAAAAUGUGCUUUUUCACAACAAAACAAAAAUAAGCCAUGCAUAAUUAAGAUAUUUAUUCACUUUUUUUUAACUUGUAAGAAAAAUCUAUGAAUUAUACAAGAACAUAAUACUUAUAUGUACGCAUAAUAUAUUUAUAAAUAUUACUUACAAUAUAUGUAGCAUUUAUAUUUUAGCAUGUUAUUUAUGUAUAAUUUAUUUAUUAUACUAUAUAUGACAACCAUGUAAGUAAAAUGAAGCAAAAAAAAAAAAAAUAUUGCUUCAGGGGGUUAAAAUCAUAAUUAUUAUUACAAAAGAGAGAAGAAAUGAAUAUUAAAUAUAAAAGAGACGAAUUAUAAAAAAAUGGUCGAAAAAAAGAAAUCGAAAGUGAAAAAAGAAAAAUGAUGAACGUUGCAAAUAAACAUGCAAAACGCAUCAAUAAGAUUAAUAAUCAUUGUUGUUAUUAAAAGUCAAAAUACAGAAUUAAAGAGAAAAGGAGGAAUUAAAAAGGAGAGAAUGAAGCGCGCACGAGAGAGAGAAAGAGAGAGUGAGUGCGAAAGGAUAGCGCGAAAGAAUAUGUUUGCUUAUACAUAUACCUUAUACAGAUAAAGUAUAUUAUAUAAAUAUAUAAAUAAAUUUAAUAUUAACAUAAACAUUUUGUCAAAUGUCGAAGAUCAUCUGAAGGCAUAUGAAAAAAGCUAACGAUGAUUUGAUCUGUACCAAGUAUGUAAGUUCAUGUACUUGUUUAUAAGAUAACUAAAAACUCAAUUACAAAAACGUUUCCGUUUUCGAUCGUUUGCUAUGACAAAAACAUGCAUCGAUGCUGUAACUUGUAUUUAUUAUUAUUAUUAUAAUUAUUCGAUUUUCGCUAGGCUCACUGUAAGUGGUAACGUGUAAUAAAUCGGUCAAUAAAAAGCUUACAUGCUUAAAAAA